UAAACUCGCGUGAUAGGUGGUCGCUGUGUGUGUUGAGUGUCUGAUUUUUGAGAAAUAACUCGUAAACCAUAAAAAACAAUUUGUUAGGAAAAGUGUUAUUCGAUUUCAUGCGUUUUGUUCAAUAUCCUGCGUCCUGACACGCAUGUCACAUGUGAGAUCGCGUUUGUUUAGGUUUUAUCGAAAUUAUUUGACGUAGAUUGACAGAUCGGUUUCGCAAGUAGGUAGCUUUUACGGAGGUGUUUUAUUUGUGUAGGUACGUUGUGUGGCAAAAUAUUUAAUUGGAUUUGUAUUUUGGUGAAUUUGUAAGUGUCGUGCUACCCAAAGGGUAAGAUUCCCUGUUGGUGCGGUCGAUAACAGGUGUGUGCUGUGAAGUGGUGAAGCAGUCAACAAUUGCGCGGUGUGUGUAGUUCGGUGAAGCAUCGGGUGUUUUGAUUGUGGUAUAAACGCUGUGAGCCAUGCUGGCUAGUCGUGGACAUUGCAACGUUUUUAUGCGACCGGCUAGCUGCGAGCGGCCGAGGAGUCCCGCCGGCAGACAUGUUGCGACCGGAGUCGCCCCUCGCUGAUCACCGCAGCCUGCUGCCCCGGCGGCUACUCCCCGCCAAGGCGCAGAUCGCCCCCGCGGACAAACGCAAGAACCGCCGCUCAUUGGAACUCAACCCCCCCACCACAGAUCAUGCCACCUACGACUACCCCAAACUCCUCAUCUCCAAAACAACAGACUCCCUCAACACCGAGUGCCCAAGGAAACUCAUCCACAAACAGGACUCCACUGAUAGUCUGAAAAGGGCUCUCCUGUCCAAAGAUGAGAAGAAACCAGCCGAUAAGAAGGCCCAGCUCGCGAAACAGGACUCCAGUGAGAGCUUGAAGAAAACGUUGCUAUGCCGACAGGAGUCCAACGAAAGCGCGAAGCGCAGGGACUCGGAGAAGAAACCGGGGAAUCAGGAUGUGAAGAGGGUGUCGGAGGUUAAGAGGGGGAGUGAUAAGAAAGGGUUCCUUGAGACUGAGUCGGAGGAGCCUUGCAAGAGGAUUUAUGAGCGGAGGACGGGAUGUGCGAGGCCGACGUUGCCCCCCGUUGCAGAAAAGGGGCUGGCGUCCCCGAACUCCCCGAAUGGGAGCCCUGGGACGCCUAGCGUGGCAGCUGUCGCCGAAGGCCUGGUCCGGUGGGGCAGCGGCCUCCUCUCUCCCAGAGAAGAACCUAGAUUGAAGGCAGCCAGGAGCUGGUACGGCUAUGGAACCCUCCCGACAGACGGCGAUAAGAUGGGAGCAGGUGCGAAUGGGCCAGGUGGCCGACGCGCCCUGGAGCUCAUCCUUAGCGGAGGCCUCAAAUCCCUCGCAAGGCCGGCCAAGCCGGUCCGCCGGGCCGCCUCGCGGGACUCGGUGCUGUCGCAGCCGCAGCCUCUGCUUGAAGGCCUGCGAAAGUGCUCAACAGUCCUGGCUCUGACUGACCGAGAGAAGGCCUCGGAGCCUAUAAGAGCCCACAACCGCCUGCGAGCGCCCUCCGUCUGCUCCCGGUGUUCCUCUCUACUGUCCCUCGCCGGCGCCGGAGGGUCCAGGUAA